AUGGCUGCCUCUCCGGCAAGAGCUUAUGCUCCUUACAGCAUCGCUGGGCAAGUCGUUCUGAUCACAGGCGCCAGCGCCGGCAUUGGCGAGGCCUGCGCCUGGCGCUUUGCCGCCGAGGGCUGCAAGCUGGUGCUGGUGGCGCGGCGGCAGGGGCGGCUGGAAGCGCUCAAGGCGGCUCUGCAGCAGCACUACAGCGUGGCGGUGCACACGGUGUGCAUGGAUGUACGUGACCUGCCGGCCAUCGAGCGGCUGCCGCAGGAGCUGCCGCCAGAGUUCCAGGCAUACGCGGGCGGCGCAGGCUACUGCCCCUCCAAGCACGCAGUUGAGGCGUUUGCGAAUGCAGCUCGACACGACCUGGUGGGAACCAACAUCCGUGUGACAUCCAUCCAGCCUGGCGCCGUCAAAACCGAGUUCAGCGUGGUGCGCUUCAAGGGGGACGAGGCCAGGGCGGAUGCCGUGUACGAGGGCUUCCAGCCGCUGAGCGCGGACGACAUUGCGGACAAUGUGUUGUAUGCCGCCACGCGGCCGCUGCACGUCCAGGUGGCCUCCAUGCUGGUGUUUGCCAGUUACCAGAGCAGCGCCAAGGGUUUUGCACGCGUGCUCAAGAACCAGUGA